AUGUCAGAAUCAGUAGUAGCUUCAGGAGCAUCGGUAGCUAGUGCUGAUGAGCAGCGCUCAGGAGCAGGUACCGAUGAGAAAGUAUAUGGUGGGUGUGAAGGUCCAGACGCGAUGUACGUAAAGCUUGUGUCAUCCGACGGGCACGAGUUCAUCGUGAAGCGUGAACAUGCGCUAACAUCAGGCACUAUCAAGGCUAUGCUCAGUGGACCUGGACAGUUUGCCGAAAAUGAGGCUAAUGAAGUUAACUUCAGAGAGAUACCAUCGCAUGUUCUCCAGAAGGUGUGCAUGUACUUCACAUACAAAGUUCGUUACACAAACUCCUCAACGGAAAUACCAGAGUUUCCCAUCGCACCAGAGAUCGCGUUGGAACUACUUAUGGCUGCCAACUUCCUCGACUGUUGA